UUAAUCCAAUGGAUUCACUGGGACGGAUUCUUGUAAGUUGUAACCUGCCGCUGUUUAUAGCUCUCUCAGUUCCGCGCAACCAACAAAAGCCUUCACCUACCCCUUUAUAAACCCAUCCUUUCCGCUUUCGUUACCUCUCUCACACUCUCUCUCUCUCCUUCACAUUUCAAAUACAGAAACUGUUAAAAAUCAUGGCUGGUUCCAUCAAAAGACAUUGUUUCUCUGAAGAAGACGAUGGUUUGGCUUCUUUAACAGACAUGGAGCCUGGGUAUUCUGGGCAUAAUCACUUCCAUUACCAACGUGGUUUUGUGUCUCGGACUUUGGGUUAUGCCUCCUUUUAUAAUACACGUUUCAGGGACCUUUCUGUUUCUUCGUCAAGAUCUGGGAGAUUUUAUGAUGCCAGAUUUGAAGAUCACCAACCUCACUUCCUUGAAACAUGUUUUCUUUGCAAGAAGCCACUCGGAGAUAAUAGAGACAUCUUCAUGUACAGAGGGGACACUCCUUUUUGUAGCGAAGAGUGCAGGCAAGAACAAAUAGAGUUAGACGAAGCUAAGGAGAAGAAUAGGAACCUUUCUUCUUCCGUGAAGGCUUUGAGAAAAAAGGAACAAAACAAAUCUGCUUCCCCAAACAAGGCCCAGGAUUACUCCUUUCGUACUGGGGCAGUUGCUGCCGGUUAGUUUUCCGGAAUAGGCUUAUAAGAGUGAAUAGUGGAACUGCUACGGUGUUUUCCGGAAAAAGAAAUAAGAUUGAAGAAUGAAAAGUAAAAGUAAAGUUUUCUUUACCCGAAGAAGGGUCAAGAGAGAAGCGAUCCCCUCAGCAGGAAUUUUUGUUCAUGAAGUUGAGAAGCGUGUUGCUUGUGUGAUCCUCUCUUCGAAAUGGCCCAUUUUCGGGGUUUUUUUUUUAAUAUUUUUUUACAUAUAUUAUAUAUCAACGUUUUCUUUUUC